AGGAGAGGGAGGAAGGGUAAGGCAGCAGGGAGAAGGAAAGACGCACAACUUGUGACCGCACAAAAGAGGGCAGAGGCAGGAGAAUGCGGGCCGUCUCAGGACUCUUUUGCGCCUUGACGCUGCUCCUCCUGAUGGGAGCGGUGCUCACCCAGAGGGUCCGGCCAAAAAAGCCCACCAGGCGCCCAUUCAUCCCCAGGGAGCCCGUCGUCCCCCAGCCGGAGCCGAAGGAGCCCACGGACAUCCCUCCGGUCAUCCUGGGCCCGCCCUCCAUGUACCCCGACUGUCCCCGGGAGUGUCUGUGCUCUCCCAGCUACCCCAACUCUCUCAACUGCGAGAACCGGAACAUUCGCGCCAUCCCCGCCAUCCCGCCCAGGGCCUACUACCUGUACCUGCAGAACAACUACAUCACCGAGGUGACGGCGGAGCCAUUCCUGAAUGCCACGGAUGUCCGUUGGAUCAACCUUUCAAACAACCGCAUCCAGCGAAUAGAAAAACAGGUGUUCCAGAAGAUACCUGCUCUCUUGUACUUGUACGUGCAACGUAAUCAGCUGAAAGAGGUGCCCUCGGGUCUUCCAGCAAGUCUGGAACAGUUGCGUCUCGGCAGUAAUCGCAUUUCCAAAAUACCUGCGGGUGCUCUCAGCAAGAUGGGCAAUCUGACCUUGCUCGACCUCUACCACAACCAGCUGAGUGACAGUGACCUGGGCAGUAACACCUUCAAGGAUUUAUCCAGCCUGAUGCAGCUCAACCUGGCACACAAUGUGCUGAAGAAGAUGCCCGCCGGCAUCCCCAACGGUCUCAUACAGCUUUUCCUCGACAAGAACCGCAUCGACGACAUCCCGAAAGACUACUUCCAAGGCUUCGUUCACUUGGCCUUUGUCAGACUCAACUACAACCAGCUGAGUGACAAAGGCGUUCCCAAGGCCGUGUUCAACAUCUCCACCUUGCUAGACCUCCAGCUCGCCCACAACCAGCUGGCCUCCAUCCCACUCUUCAACAGUCACCUGGAGCACUUACACCUCAACCACAACAGCAUUAAUAACAUCAACGGGACACUGAUCUGCCCACAAAACCUGCAGGCGCAAUGGAGCGAUCCGGAGUUGGUGCCAAAACUAAGGUACCUAAGAUUGGAUGGAAACCACCUGAGCCCUCCCAUACCCAUGGAUGUCAUCAUGUGCUUCAGACACCUCCACUCUAUCGUUAUUUAGGAAGCUCCACAUCGAAGCUUACACAGGCUGCCUGCCAAAACGUCACUGAAACUACCACGGCGUUAAGGUCCCGAGGUUUCACGUGUUAGCGCGGCUAGCGGUUGAGGAGCGGUUGAAUCGACUUAUUUACGAUUAGCCGUUUCGAGAAAUGGCAAAUUAUCCACUUUUCUACACAUAUUCAUUCUUCUAUGACAAGCAGUGCAUGCAUGUAGUUCAUAUGUUCUCGAGCAGACCCGUUAACUACCGUGUAGUUGGACGUGUCCAAAAUGGGCCCGCAGUUUUCACGCUCGCAAGUAAAAAUGUCAUGCCAUUACUUUUUCUUCCCUGUACCGUCUAUUAUUAAGAUGCUUUGUACAAAUAUUAAAACUUUUGUCUCGGG